GGGGUCGGCCGGCGUGCCGCGGAGCCUGCCUGGAGACCUCAGCUCUUUGAGCCUGGUCAAUGGAACCUUCCCAGAAAUAAAAGAGAGAAUGUUUUCCCACCUGCCUUCCUUGCAGUUGCUCUCCCUCGCCAAUAACCAGAUUAAAGCUUUGCCAAGAGACAUCUUUAGUGAUUUGGACUCUCUGAUCGAACUAGACUUGAGGGGAAACAAGUUUGAGUGCGAUUGCAAAGCGAAAUGGUUGUUUCUGUGGCUAAAGAUGACCAACUCCUCCGUCUCGGAAGUCGUCUGCAUCGGGCCGGAAGAAUUUCAAGACAAGAAAUUGAAUGAAGCCUCGAGUUUUGACGACGAAUGCACCACAACAGAUUUUGUUGUCCAUCAGAUUUUGCCCUAUCAGUCAGUCUCGAUUGACACCUUCAACUCCAAAAACGACGUCUAUGUCGCCAUUGCACAAACCAGCAUGGAAAACUGCAUGGUGCUGGAAUGGGAUCACAUUGAGAAAAACUUCCGGAGUUACGACAACAUCACCGGCCAGUCCAUAGUGGGUUGCAAGGCCAUCUUGAUUGAUGACCAAGUCUUCGUGGUGGUAGCUCAGCUCUUCGGUGGGUCCCACAUUUACAAGUACGAGGAGAGCUGGACCAAGUUUGUCAAGUUCCAGGACAUCGAAGUCUCCCGCAUCUCCAAGCCGAACGACAUCGAGCUCUUCCAGAUCGAGAGUGAGACCUUCUUCAUCAUUGCGGACAGCUCAAAGGCCGGCCUGACCACCGUUUACAAGUGGAACAACAAGGGGUUCUACUCCUACCAGUCCCUCCACGAGUGGUUCCGGGACACAGACGCUGAAUUCGUGGACAUCGAUGGGAAGGCUCACUUGAUCCUGUCCAGCCGCUCGCAGAUUCCCAUCAUCCUCCAGUGGAACAAGAGUUCCAGAAAGUUCCUCCCUCACAGCGAGAUACCCAACAUGGAGGACGUGCUGGCAGUGAAGAGCUUCCGGAUACAAGGCAGCCUCUACAUCUCCCUCACCCGGUUCAUCGGUGACUCCAGAGUCAUGAAAUGGGACAGCAAGCAGUUUGUGGAGAUCCAGGCUGUUCCUUCCAGGGGUGCCAUGACCCUGCAGCCUUUCUCCUUCAAGGGCCACCAUUACCUUGCCCUGGGAAGUGACUACACCUUCUCCCAAAUCUUCCAGUGGGACGAGGAGAAAAGCCUCUUCCAAGUCUUCAAGGAGAUCUACGUCCAAGCGCCGCGGUCCUUCACGGCGGUCUCCACGGAUCGGCGGGAUUUCUUCUUCGCUUCCAGCUUCAAGGGCCACACGCAGAUAUUCGAACACGUCGUGGUGGACUUGAGUUUAUGAAGCAAGCCCUGAGCAUGGGAACUC